GGAAUCGGAAAAAAUUUUAAAUAAAAGUUGUAGGUAAACCAGAGCUGUCAGCUGACAUCUACAAAUACGUAGUAACAGCAAUAAUGUAUACUAUUUACCUUACCGAUUACGGGUGUGACCAGAGCUGCUCUAAAGCAAAAAUUAGGAGUUUUAUGAAGCACGUUUGACUAUAAUAACAUUUCUUAUAAAUAUGUUUAUAUAUAUUAUUUUUGUUCUUGCAAGUGAAAAUUAAUAUCCCAUAUUACCUAUACUUUAGCCAAUAUAUUUUUCGACGACGCGUUUGUGCUGGAUGAAAAGCUAUGCGAGAAUUCUCGAAAUCCCCCAAUGAAUGAAUAUGUAAAAACUUUAUUUGUCAGUAUAAAGAAUGCUUCGAAGUGUAUGGGGUCAACAUGAAUAUCAAGUCUCCAGUAAAGACCGAAACACCUUAUGGUGGUCGCCUCGUAUGGACAUUACCAGGUCGAUCAAAAAUGAUUGCUCAUCUAAAGAAUAAAGAUAAAAUAAGACAUAAAAAGCGUUGGUCUCAAGUCAUGUAUAUGUACUAUUUACUUGGUUUCCGCAUUAUGGAAAUUGAAGAUAUAUCGGCACGACGCAAAGCAGUUAUUGCUGAGAACACAUUUCUUUUGGCAUUGGAUGGCGAUAUUGACUUCCAGCCUCAAGCCGUGCAGCUACUGGUUGAUCGCAUGAAAGCCAUAGACGAAUUGGGCGCUGCUUGUAGACGUAUUCAUCCUGUCGGUCGUGGACCCAUGGUCUGGUAUCAAAUAUUUGAAUAUGCGAUGGGUCAUUGGCUGCAAAAAGCUACGGAACACGUUAUUGGUUGUGUGCUCUGUAGUCCCGGUGGUUUUAAUUUAUUUCGUGGUAGUGCACUAAUGGAAAAUAGUGUAAUGAAAAAAUAUACUAUGGUAUCGAAUGAACCCAUGCACUAUGCGCAGUAUGACCAAGGAGAAGAUCGGUGGUUAUGUACAUUGAUUUUGAAACAGGGCUUACGUGUAGAAUAUUCAGCUGCAUCGGACGCUUAUACUCAUUCACCCGAGAUGUUCAAUGAAUUCUAUAAUCAACGACGACGUUGGGUUCCCUCCACAAUUGCAAAUAUAUUUGAUUUACUUUCCGAUGCGGAUAUGGUCGUGCAGAAUAAUAGUUCCAUUUCAACGCCGUACAUUGUUUAUCAGGCCAUGCUAAUGGUUGGCACAAUUUUGGGUCCAGGUACUAUAUUCUUGAUGAUGGUGGGUGCUUUGGUAGCUGUUUUCAGCACAAGUAUUUGGAGCUCAUUCUUGUGGAACUUCGUUCCUGUGUUUUGCUUCAUUCUGUCGUGCAUUUAUUUAAAACAAAAAUUUCAGAUAAAGAAUAUUUGGGAAUUGAUGGCUGUAUUGAUGAUGAUGAUGGCUGUAUUGAUUGGCAUAAUUAUACAGAUGAUAGACGACGGACCUCCGGCACCGGCCUCCCUACUUUUUCUUCUGGUUUUUAUGCAAAUUUUCAUCGCUGGCAUAGUGCAUCCCCAAGAAGUCGGAGCGUUAAUAUGCGGUUUCAUCUAUUAUAUUACCAUUCCUUCCAUGUACAUGCUCCUUCUUAUUUACUCAGUCUUUAAUAUGAAUGAUGUUUCAUGGGGUACAAGAGAAGUGACAGUAAAGAAGGACGACGGUAUCGGUCUAGUACCUGGUGAUGAUGUUGAAGAUGGUGGUCAAGAGUAUUUACCUGGUUGGGUCAACGAUCCAUUAUUAGUAGAUUCAGAAUUGGGAGAGAUAUCUCUGAAAGAAAAACGUUUUUGGAAAGAUUUAAUAAAGCUGUAUUUGCGUCCAUUGUUUCAUACAAAGGAUAAAAAGGCCGAGAUUGCGGAAAGUUUGAGAGAAUUACGUAACAUGUUUGCUUUUGCCUUUAUAAUGAUAAAUUCAAUAUUUGUUCUAAUUGUGCUCUUGCUCCAAUUGAAAAAAGAUUAUUUACAUCUUGAGUGGCCAAUUGAUCCGACUGAUUAUAUUACAUACGAUGACACAAAUUCUCAAAUUUACAUAUACCGACGUCAUAAGGAAUUGGAUCCAAUCGGCUUUUUGUGUUUUGUUAUUUCUUUCGCAUAA